AUGCUGGAUCGCUUAAGUACUCUACCAGAUGCCGACAACAGCCAACCAAGCUACUGUAUACCCGUUGACUGGUUGCGGGAGCACUGUAAGGCUUUUUUUUUAGAACAAAAAGAAGAUGCUAGUAGGAUAUACAUUCGAAGCAGUAUCCUAAGGAAGAAGUUGAGAGACGAAAUACGUGGUACGGGAGUAAACAGUAUGAGAAUUGGGCAGUUGAACCAUGGUGCGCGUACAGUGGGCCUAUCGAGCAUAGGCGGCAAGGCAGGACUGGACAGAGGUCCAAACAGUGAUGAGCUAGUGGAUGGCAUGCAUCUGUCUGACUGCUUGUGCGCCGUAUUGGACGUGCAGAAGAAACGUCAUUGGGCGGGCGCACCCCAGACGGCGCCAAUCUUGGAUCCGCAUCGUGUCAGACGUUUGUUUGCUAUGCCCCUCGACUUCAUUUCAACCGGGCAAAGACGCUGGCUCGGUUGCUGGCUCGGGGUUCAGGAUGCUAUUUCGGGCGUGGAACUCGCAUUGGCGUGUGCCAGAGGCCGAGUGGAGCACAGGGGUGGUGCGGGACUGUGGCUGCACGACUCGACAAAAUCUCAGACUGUUGUUGUUGUUGUCGUCGUCGUCGUCGUUGUACUUGCAGAUACGAGUCUUGCCAACACGCCAUGCCUCUUGGAAUUACCGACAGCUCACAAGCCAUGGCCAAACCCGGCAAGCGGACUGGCGCCAUUUGAAUCAACUACGCCAACCAACCGUACACUGAAACGCGCGCGUCGUUUACAUUAA